AUGAGGCAGGUGCAGGACGCGGUGUCUCGCAUGGAGAACACUCAGGGCUCGACACUCGAGAAGCUUGGACUGGCGCUAAAGGCGGAACUUGGACGGAUGGUUCAGGAACAGCUUUCGGAAGCUCGACCGAUGAAAGGUGUCGUCCCGAGUCCCCAUGACGACAGUCGGACUCGCCGCGAGGCGGAGACUCUGGAAGCAACGGUCAAGAACCUUCAGAAGUAUCUCGUGGGACAAUUGCGCAAUCUUCUGACGACAUCGGCCCAAGAUCAAGGAUCUGCGGGAAAAAUCCAGUCUAAUCCGGCAACUCAAGGAUACAGACAGUCCGAUCGAGUAACUUCAGACCGGAAACCCAGUCGAGAAUCCAGUGGCGUAAUCAACGAGCGUACAAGCGCGGGGCGUAUGGGACAGGACAUGAAGAACACCGACGAAUUCCUGGCGUCCAAAUUGCAGGAGACGUUGAACGCGGCUAAAGCGGAGGUGAAGGCGGAACCCGUGCUCGAGUCGAAGUCCCCUGCGCCGACCCGAUCGACGUCAAGUAGAGUGUCUGGAUGGCCAUCGUCUGGAACGUCCAAGUCGCCCGAGCCGCGCAGGCGUGAGUCGUUGCGCAAGAGGAAGUCUGGCAAGUCUCGUCGUCAUGGUAAUCCGUCGGACUCCGGCCCGAGCUCGGACUCUAGCUCUGAAUCGGACUCAAGCAACAGGUCGGACAGCAGCUCGUUUGGGGACACGACGCCUGGAGUGACUACGAAGACUGCAGAAGGAGGCACUACGGUGUACACGUUCAAGCCGUUUGUGAAUUCGAACACGCUGGAGGACUUUGAUCCGAAGGCCUCGUUGGCGACCAGGAUUCGGUGGCUGGAGCGGUUCCAAAGUAUGACUACCCAGGGCGGAUGGACAGAUCAAGUGAAGGCGUACGAGAUGAAACUCAAGAUGCCUGCGCCUGUUUGGAACUGGGAAACAAACUUGGAGCUGAAGGUGCGUAGGGACUGGAAACGGUUUCUGAAGGCAUUGCGCGAGAGGUACUGCAAGGCCAAGACUUCAGACUCGGAGCGGUAUUACACGAUGAUUCAGAAGAAAUCCGAGACGCCUCUCGAGUUCUACUACCGGUUGAACAAGGUCGCUGAGGAGGCUGGUCUGGACUUCAAGUCGUCGCGCAAGGCUCGAGAACGCCAUCUGAAUGUGUUUAUGAAGAAGCUUUUGGACACCAGACUGCGAUCGACCCUCCAAGGCCAGCGGAUUCGGAGCCUGAAGGAUGUGAAGUAUGUGCUGAAACAACACGAGGACAUGGCUCAGGACGAUGACUACGACACUCCGCCCGUGAAGCGAGAUUUCCGAGCCGACAAUGUUUCGCAUGGACAUUUCCACCCGAAGCGGAGGGGAAGAGCAUUCGUCGUGCAGAACGAAGAUGAGUCGAGUGAUGAUGACAAACAAGUGCGUUUCCAUGAUGCCGUCGAAGACAUUCCGACCAAAUCAGGGACGCUAGCGACUGCUGCCUCAACUGGAAGCGUGUCCACUGGAAGCUCGAUGUCUAGAAACUGA